AAUAUGACUACACUUUCUUCAUUACCUUUUCAUUCAUCUCUACUUCUAUGCCAAAUUCACAACCUUCAAGAAACAAAAUGAUUGUUGAUUUGUUUGUAUAUUCUAGUUAGGCUGCUUUCUCUGCAAUUACAGCAGGAUUUUCUGACUUUCUCUUCAACUAACUGUUAUUGUGAUUUGACAUAAGGGUGGAAGGAAUGGAAAUACUUGAAACUGGUGAUGAACAUCCAAUUAUAAUUCCUACAUCAACUGCGGUCGUUGUGGCUGUUACUGUAAGUAGAAGAAGUGUAUAUGCAAUUGGUUGGGCAUUGCAGAAGUUUGGUCCAGAGGGUAGAAACAAAUUCAAAAUGCUACAUGUUCGUCCAUGCGUCACCUCAAUCCCGACGCCAAUGGGAAAUUAUAUUUCACUCUCACAAGUGCGAGCUGAAGUAGCCGAUGCAUAUAAGAUGGAGGUAGAGGCGAAAGCACGAAGAAUGCUUGCUCCGUUCGAACAAAUUUUUAUAGAAAGAAAGGUGGCGGUGGAUGUUGUGGUAAUCGAAGCUGAUGAAAUCGCGGAAGCAAUUGCAGCAGAGAUUGCUAAAAACUCAAAUACUGAGUUAGUCAUUGGUGCCUCAGCCUCUGGCAUGUUUUCAAGGAAAAGUAAGAACCUGGCGUCAAGAAUCUCAGAAUGCGCGCCAAGUUGCUGUACAGUUUAUGUCAUUUCAAAAGGAAAAUUGACAACUGUUCGUCCUUCAGGGACAGACAAGCUCAUCAAAUACAACAAUUCUGAUGUUAAAUCUAGUUCAAGUGGAAGUAAUAAAGAUGAAAACAGUGAUACUUUGUCUACUUCAGAUAAUAAUGUUGGAACUAUCUUUUAUGAAAGAACUGAUACUAGUAGCUCUAGUGGUAGUGACCUAAAUUACAGUCUGCAAACAGACCAAGAAGCCUCCAUGGAUUCAUACUCACCCAUCAAGUAUCCUAUGAUCGAUGUUCAGCAGUUUCAAGCACUUUCAACUAUUAACCAGGCCCUUCAUAACACAAAACCAUCGCUUCAUCACUCUGGAGAUCCAUCUGUCAAUGAAAGAAGAGAUGGUAGGGGUUCUUACUCCUCGGAUAGGUAUAGAAGCUUUCAAACUGAUUUUCCAUCUUGGUACUCCGACCAGCCAGCGUCAUCAGAUGAGCAACAAAAAUUAUCUUCAUCAGAUGACCAGCAGGUAGAUAUCAAUUUUGAACUAGAAAGGCUGAGGGUUGAGAUAAGACAUGUCCGAGGAAUGUUUGCAGUAGCUCAGAGUGAAACAAUUAAUGCUUCUCGUCAACUAAAAACUCUAACAAAACGCCGAAUAGAGGAAUCAGCUAAGCUCGGAGAAAUAAACUCAAGGGAGGAGAAGGCGAGAGAGUUGGCCAGUGAAGAGAAGGAGAAACAUGAAGCUGCAAAAAAGGAACUUGAACUUGUGAUGGAACGUACUAAAAUUGAAUCUUUGCGAAGGAAAGACGCUGAAAGUAAAGCUUCUCGUGAUACAAAUGAGAAACAAAAGUUUGAAAAGGCAUUGGGUGAUCCUGGUGAUAAAUACAUGAAGUAUAAAUGGGAAGAUAUCGUCUCAGCUACAUCAUCUUUUUCCGAUAACCUUAAACUCGGAGCUGGGGCUUUUGGUACCGUUUACAAGUGUAAUUUGCAGAAUAUCACAGCUGCUGUGAAAGUACUUCACUCAAAUGAAGGUCAAAGGAACAAGGAAUUUCAACAGGAGCUUGAAAUCUUGAGCAAAAUCCGGCAUCCACAUUUGUUGCUUCUUCUUGGUGCAUGUCCUGAAAAAGGUUGCCUUGUUUACGAAUACAUGGAGAAUGGUAAUCUAGAAGAUAGGUUAUUUCAGAAGAAUAAUACACCUCCGAUGCCAUGGUUCGAUCGCUACCGCGUAGCUUGGGAAGUAGCAUCUGCGUUACUAUUUUUACAUACUUCGAAGCCAACACCAAUCAUUCAUCGUGAUCUGAAGCCUGCAAACAUCUUACUUGAUCAUAACUUUGUUAGCAAAAUUGGUGAUGUUGGACUUUCUACUUGGCUUCCCUCCGUGACUUCCUCAGUAUCUGCCACUUACACCGAAACAGACCUUGUUGGAACUCUAUGUUACAUAGACCCCGAGUACCAAAGGAGUGGUUCAAUUUCACCCAAGUCUGAUGUUUAUGCAUUUGGGAUGGUGAUCCUGCAACUAUUAACUGCGAAACCUGCUUUAGCCUUGGCCUAUAACGUCGAAACUGCAUUAGAAGACGGGAACUUGGCGGAACUUUUGGACCCCAAGGCUGGGAAUUGGCCAAUUGAGGAGACACGAGAACUAGCACUUUUAGGGAUGAAUUGUGUGGAACUGAGUUCAUGCGAUAGACCUGAUUUGGAAACUACAGUUCUACCAUUUCUUGAGAAACUCAAAGGAAUUGCCGAUAAGGCUAACCGAAAAUUUUCUCACUCUGUCCAAUCUGCCCCAGCAAACCACUUUAUAUGCCCUAUACUUCAGGAUGUAAUGGAAAACCCCUGUGUUGCUUCAGAUGGAUAUACAUAUGAUCGCAAGGCAAUAGAAAACUGGCUUGCGGAGAAUGACAAAUCACCUAUGACCAAUAUGGCACUACCUGAUAUGAAUCUUACACCUAAUUACUCUCUUCUUGCAGCAAUUAUGGAGUGGAAAUCCAAAUUACAAUAACAUCUGCAACUUAAACUCUGUUGAUUUCUUUUAUAAAAGACUCUUGACUGGGAUUCUCUGGCAUGUGCCUGCAUCCUUACCCAGUUACCCAGUAAAAAAGAAAAACAGAUCAUUGUGUUUUGGUCGUCUCGUUCUGUCCUUGAUCAGAUUUGAGUGUAUAAUUGUAACAGGAUUUCAUCACAGCUGAUGAUAAAUAUAAGUUGUUGAGAAACUAAAUAUACGUACCUCUCUAUAUGCGACGACUUGUCUCUACGUCGCUUGGAACUUGGUUGAUUUGAGGUUUUUGAGUAGGUUUGUAUUAGUUUGUUUUGGCUUAGCAUUUAGUGUAUCAUAAUCGUGAUGCCAAACAAUCUGUAUAGUGAAAUUGUAACCUUGUUUCUUCUGAAAAACUGUUAUCAAAAAAUAAGAAAUUAAAUUUGUUAUAA